CCGUUAUUUCCAGGCCCCGUCGUGACUUUGUCCGAAGGGGUCCCUGGGUGGAAAGUACAGAAGCCUGAGCUCAGGACCAGGGCAAGCUGAGGCCAUCGGAGGGACCGCGGAGACCAGACAGGGCGUCUGAGAGGGGACCGCGUGGCGAGGCGUGGCCGCACAAAACACUUGGGUGGACACUGGUGACUGAGUUUCGGAGGACCUGAGGCCAGUCGGAGCUGGACCAGCGUGGGUGGAAGACAUCUUCAGCUGUCUUACCUCAAACAUUUGGAUAAUUUUGAUGUGGCCCAAACUCCCUCAACGAGUAUACUUCCAGGACUCAUUCCGCAGCAGAUUCUUCAGCAUGGGCGUCCAGACCCCACUCCGACUCCUGGAACUGGCAGGCCAGAGCCUGCUGCGGGACGAGGCCUUGGCCAUCGCCGCCCUGGAGGAGCUGCCCACCGAGCUCUUCCCACCGCUGUUCACAGUGGCUUUUGCUGGGAGGCACAGUGAGAUGCUGAAGGCCAUGGUGCAGGCCUGGCCCUUCCCCUGCCUCCCGCUGGGGUCCCUGAUGAGGGAGCACCAGCCUCACCUGGACACCUUCCAAGCUGCAAUCGAUGGCCUGGAUGUCCUGCUCACCCAGGAGGUCCGCCCCAGGAGGUGGAAGCUGCAGGUGCUGGAUUUGCGCAGGAACGCUCACCAGGACUUCUGGGCCAUGUGGUCCAGCAGCAGGGCCAGCCUGUGCUCACUGCUGGAGCCAGAGGCCGCCCCGCCCGUGAGGAAGAGGCGGCGAGUGGAAGUUUCGAGGGCAGGGCCAAAGCAGCCUUCGGUCCCCGUGGAGGUGCUCAUUGACCUAUGCCUCAAGGAGGGCACCCCUGACCAGUCCCUCACCUACCUCCUUAAGAAGGUCAAGCAGAGGGGAGGCUCACUCCGGCUGUGCUGUCAGAAGCUGAAGAUUUUUGCGAUGCCAAUGCAGACCAUCCAGAAGGUCCUGAAAAUGGUGCAGCUGGACUCUGUCCAGGAUCUGGAGGUGAACUGCACCUGGAAGCUGGCCACCCUGGGGAGGUUCGCACCUUACCUGGGCCAGAUGGGUAACCUGCGCCGGCUCCUCCUGUCCCACAUCCACAUGGCCCCGCACGCCGCGCCGGGGGAGGAAGAGCACUGUGUCAGCCAGCUCACUGCACAGUUCCUCAGUCUGCACCACCUGCAGGAGCUCUACCUCGACUCCAUCUCCUUCCUCGAGGGCCGCCUGGACCAGGUGCUCAGGUGCCUGAAGGCCCCCCUGGAGACCCUGUCGAUAACCAACUGCCUGAUUUCGGAAUCAGACCUGAUGCAUCUGUCCCAGUGCCCGAGCAUCACUCAGCUGAAGGACCUGGGUCUCAGUGGGGUCAGCCUGACCAAUGUAAGCUCUGGGCCCCUCCAAGUUCUGAUCGAGAGAACCUCUGCCACCCUCCAGGACCUGGACUUGGACGAGUGCGGGAUCAUGGAUGCCCAGUUCAGUGCCAUCCUGCCUGCCCUGAGCCGCUGCUCCCAGCUCAUGACCUUUAGCUUCUGCGGCAACCCCAUCUCCAUGGCCGUCCUGGAGAGCCUGCUGUGCCACACCGUGGGGCUGAGCAAGCUGAGCCACGUGCUGUACCCUGCGCCCCUGGAGAGCUACGAGGACGUGGGCGGCACCCUGCACCUGGGCCGGCUGGCCCAGCUGCACGCCCGGCUGAAGCAGAUGCUGCGGGAGUCGGGCCGGCCCAGCAUGGUCUGGUUCAGCGCCAACCCCUGUCCCCAUUGUGGGGACAGGACCUUCUACGACCCAGACCCCAUCCUGUGCCCCUGUUACAUGCCUGACUAGCCGGGUACCCGCAUCCCAGACCUCCUUCUGGGCAUUCGCAUGUGGCCGCCCAGACCUAGGUGCAUCUCAAAGGGACACAAGCCACAGUUUCAGACCAUUGUUCAG